CAAUUAUAUAAAGGUGUCCCUCAAUUACUUUUAGUGUUUUAGUUCAAAAUGAAGACAGCAUUCUUAAUCACAUUCGGACUUUUUAUGUACCUGAAGUCAUCGUCCAGCGUGACGUUGACUCCGGUACCUGGCGGUGCCAACGGCUACUCCCAAACGACCCGGUACUGGGAUUGCUGUAAGCCCACUUGUUCCUGGGUGGCCAACAUCCAGAACAAGAAAUCGCCUGUCGAUACUUGCGGAAUCGACGGUGUCACCAUAAUCGACAAGGAAACUCAGUCGGGAUGCGGAGAUGGCGCUGGCUACGUAUGCAACGAUGCUCAACCUUGGGCUUUAAAUGACUCUUUUGCGUUCGGAUUUAUCGCUGGAACAUUCGAAAAUGCACCAAUGAACAUGUGUUGCGAAUGUUUACUGCUCAAAUUCCAGCCGGGAGGUUGGGGACAAGAUUUGACCGGUAAACAGAUGGUUGUUCAGAUUAUCAACACCGGCGAUACCAGCAGCACUACUGGACAAGUCAAUGAGUUCGAUGUUCACAUUCCUGGCGGCGGAGUAGGUUACUUCACGGAAGGUUGUAAGAAACAGUGGAAUGCCCCAGAGACUGGCUGGGGUGAUCAGUACGGAGGAGUUGAAGAAGAAAGCGGCUGCUACGACCUGCCCCAACAGCUGCAACCCGGCUGCCUAUUCAGAUGGUCUUGGAUGGGCGGAGCGUCCAAUCCGCCUGUCAAUUUCGAACAGGUCGAAUGUCCCCAGGAACUGAUCGCCAAGAGCCACUGUUCUUAAUUUAAAUAAACGUUUCGUUUCAAAAAUCAAA